AUGUCUACUAGCACGAAGGGUCCCGUUGCCUUUGUCCCUCGCCCUAACCAAGAGCGUGGCAAAGCCAACCAUGGGUGGCUGAAGACCUUCCACACGUUCUCGUUUGCCGACUACUUCGACCCAGCGCAUAGCUCGUUUGGAUGCUUGCGCGUCAUCAACGAAGAUCGUGUCGAGCCCAAGACCGGUUUUGGCACGCACCCGCAUCGCGAGUUCGAGAUUUUCUCGUACGUCGUUUCUGGGGAGCUUCAACAUAAUGACUCGCUUGGAAACACAGAAGUUCUCAAGCGUGGUGAUAUUCAGAUGACGUCGACUGGGACUGGGAUCCGGCACAGCGAGCAUACUCAUGGCGCUAAACAAGUCCAUUUCUUACAGAUCUGGAGCAAGCCUUCCCAGUCCGGGCUCAAGCCUACCUAUUACACUAGACACUUCACCGACGAAGAGAAGAAGGACACCUUCGUGCGCGUCGUUGCUCCCGCCUUUGCUCCGGGGAUCUCGCUAGAACGGGAAGCACCUGGCCCUGCUCCCGUUCAUUCGCCCCUUUCCCUCUACGCGUCUCUCAUAUCUCCGGGAAGAACCCUCUCUCACAGGCUGGAGAAGAAGGGACCUGCGCGCAAGGCAUAUAUCCAUGUCGUACAAACCUCUGGCUAUAACACCAAUGAGGCCACUGGCGCGACUGUGCGUGUGAGUGCGGAAGGGGCGGGCGAGCUCCUGUUGAAGGAAGGUGACGGGGUGUACGUGUUGGGCCUGCCAGGGAGUGAACUCAAGGUGGGGAAUGUGGGCGAGAGUGUUGCGGAGGUAUUAUUGUUCGAGAUGGAAUGAUUCGGGGACGUCUUAUAUACUGCUCGCUCUUGGCGUACUGCUACUGCGUUAUAAUUGUCGUUGUAUCAUAGCCGUACGAUGCGAUGAUGUAUCACUGUCGUUCUAUAGGUCGAAUGUCAUUCCAACCC